AUGCGAGGCUGGAAGUAUCAUCUUCAGAAUGACAUCUUGACACAUGUCAAAACAGCCAUGGAGGCUGACGAAUCGGGGCUCCUUGCAUCUUGUGGUAAUAUGAAGGACCUUGUGAAGACAUUUCAAAGACGUUUUACUCCGGAGAACUUCUUUGAAGUUUUCCAAUUCGUGUGCCACUAUUUGAGCCUCGAAGAAAGCACUCAGCUGGCGCAACUGUAUGCCAUUGAUAUCUACAUGCACUUCUGUGCAAGGGCAAAGCUGAUGGCCGAUUGGGAGCCCAAACCACCCGGAACACCACCCGCACUCACACGCAAAUUUGACAAAAUAUAUGGAACAAUUCUCACUCUUUGA